AUGUGCAAUGGGACUCACGCCGGGAACAGUUGGACUCUUUACGUGCGAGAGGAUGCUGACGACGAGGCGAGGGGUCUGCAAAUUUAUGCCGGCAGCAACGUAGAAGCAGAUGGUGGUGAUGGUGACGGGGCUUUGCUGUUGUCUCGCGCUGGAGUACAGUGGCGUGAUGGAGGCAAACCAAUCCUUAAAGUGCAAAUUGAUGGGCAUGUAUUUUGGGUGAAAAACUUGAUGACUGCUGGUGGUUGUAGUUGGGAUGAAACAAUUGUGAAAGUGCCUUUUGAGGAUGCAGAUGCCCAGAAAAUCGUUCAGAUUAAAUCUCUCAAUCCCAGAACAAAUGAUCAAUGGAAGUGUCUUUUUCUGUCUAAAGGUUCAUUCUCUGUUAGGAAUGCUUAUGCCUUGUUGAUGAAAGGGAAGAUCUGCAAUAAGAAUCAAGCUAAAUCAAGUAAGAUGGCAGGAAGAAACAGAGGUGCUAGAAUGAGAUGUUGGCAGCUCCAAGUUAUGGGUAAGAUUAAACAUUUUGUUUGGAGAUGCAUCUCCAAUAUACUGACUGUCAACUGCAACUUAGCUAGAAGGGGUAUGGAGAUUGAUAAGUUAUGCCAUGUCUGUGGUAAGUGUGAAAAAACCCAAGAACAUACUCUUUUCCUUUGCAAGAGAGCUCAGACCACCUGGAAGCUAGCACCAGUCCAAAUGGAACAGAGUUUUAGAGGAGCACUUGAGCUUGAAAGAAUGGUGGUGGUGGAAUAG